AUGUCGUUGCACAUCUACAUUGCUCACACUGGGGAGCAUUUUCUGGUUGAUCCAGUGGCAUUUGCCUCUCCCGAUGCUUUGAAGUCAUGGGUCGUUCGCAAUGCAUCUAUUCCACCCCCACGGCAAAUAUUGAUGAACGCCCGGGGCAAGAAUGUUAAGAUCCAAACUCUCGCUACUGAGCAACCAAUGCAGAACGAAAUCUUUGUAUACGAUCGACAAUACGUCAGUGAACCAGGCGAUGUCGAAUUCCCGGAACUCCAUCCCCCUGAACCAUUCCAACCCGGUAGCCCCCCAGCUACCCUCAAAGACCAGAACGACCUUCAGGCAUGGCGGAACCUCUAUAUGGCACGGCGCAACUGGGCACUGGAGUUGUCCAGCCGUUGUGGGUCGAUCGAUAAGGACAUCCGAGAGCAUAACGAGCGAACCGAUGUUAUGAACCGCGCGGUGGGCGUGGCUCUGGAGAAUCUUAAGUCCCAUGUGGGUAACCUAGAGCAUCGGUUCCAAGAGGCACAAUCGUGGGCGAAUGGCGUCUUAGAAGAGCAGCGGGCUGCGUUAGAUGGUUGGCAACGAGCUCUUUCCACACUGGACCAUAUCCCAGCACGUAAAGAUUUCCCUCUUCUUGGACGCCCGUCCACCCCCAAAAUGGACAAGGACCGACCAACCGGAACGCUGCGUGACUUUGUCGACAUAGGCGAAGUUCAACGGGCUGGAUCAGAGGCAGCGACUGUGUCGCCAGCAUUUGCUGGCAUUGUCCAUGACAUUGAGAAGACAGUCAGUGACAUCGCCUCGGACACUCAACAUCUGGUGGACGAAGCUCUUGCCUCAAAUUUUGACGAGGUGGAUGGGUUGCUGGAAGAAGUUGAGACUAUUGCGAAGAAGAUCAGAUCUGAUUAUGAGCAUGUUCUAAGUCUACCGAACAACCAGAAAACGCUGGCCAAUAUAUCGAGACUUGCAUUUAGCCAUACUCAAGAUCUUCUUCCAUCGCUGGCGGAGACCAGCGUUGAGCUUCAAGCUGCCCUCGAGCAAGCUGUGCAGCGCCGGUUGACCGUGGCAAAAACGGCCAUUGAGCAUAUGCGCACGAUAUCCUCUCUUGAGUCUAGACUUGCUGACGCCCAUGCACGAAUGGUAAAUCUAGACGUGGGGAGCAAUGCCUUUGAAGUGAUCUAUUCUGUCUUCCAAAUGCCAAUGAUUUACGGGUCCAUUCUUAUCGAAUCCGUCCGGCGGCGAGAAUGGAGCGAUAAGAUCAAGACUGAUUCCCUGACGCUGGCCGAGGAGAUGGCAGUUUUGAGAGAUGAGGAGCAACGCCGCAGAAAAAAAUGGUUAAAAAACAUGGGAGAUUUCAUGACUGUGACUGAUUCCACUCCACCGGGAAUCGAAGUCAACCUCCAAGGUCAGGAUGACAAAUGGCCUGAAGUAGCCCGGAAAGAGAUCGAGUAUUACAUCGAUGAUUUAAAGAACACUCAUUCCUUGACCAACUUAGCGGAUGAGCUCACCCAGCAACUCAAGGAGCUGGAUGCACCCACCCGGCAGCAACGACGACGGGCCAAAGCCUUCAAACAAGGCAGCGUAUUUGAUUUGAGCCGGAGUUCUAUAUUACGCGCCGAUGACUCCGUUCGUAGCUUACAAGAAGAAAAAACAAAGUUAGAAGAAAGGCUCAAGGGGUCAGACAGUCGCGUCCGGAAAUUGGAAGACCUUUUGCACCGUCAGAGUCACCUCAGCCGGCCAACGAGCGGCAAUUUCGGUCCAGACUUCCCCGGUUCACCUUCAUCUGCACACCCUGAUGCACUCUCGAGACGGUCAUCCGUCUCUUCCAGGCGAGUCUCAGCGACUCAGUCCCCCGAGGAUAAGGCACUCAUUCAGCGUAUUGUUACGCUUGAAGCAGAGCUAGCGGCCGAGAGAGAUGUAGUCCAGCGACUCCAUAAGGAAGCCCACGCAGAGCGGCAGACUCACUCUGACAAGUUCCAAGAAGCGCAGUCCACCAAAAAGGACCUCAUAGGCAACCUUGAAGCGCGCCAACGCGAAUUCGAAGAUGAGCGCCGAUACCUGGACUCGGAGCUUAAGAAGUUCAGACUCCGUACCGAGGAAAUGGAAGAAGAGCUUGAUCGACUAUUGGAUAGCAGGGAUCAUGGGAGACAAGAUAUUGACGAUCGGAUGCGCCAGCUUGAAGUCGACCUCCAUAACGCUCAAGCCAAUUCCGCUGAAGAUGCACAGAGAAUCGUUGAUCUCAAUGCGCAGAUUAAGACUGGACAAGAGCGAGAAGAAAGCCUCCAGGCUAAGGUUGAUGAUCUCGAGCGCCGACAGGCGGAGGCCCAGCAAAAGCACCAGGAGAGCCACCAAGACCUCCAGGCCAUCUUCAUGAACCUCUCGCCCGGGGGAAUUGUGCCGGUCGAACUUCCUGAUAUAAUCAAAGCCAUUGAGGUUCUUUCGGAAGGGUUAUCAAUCCACGCCAAGAGCGCGGAAUCGAAUGCAUCUCAGGCAAUGGCGGAGAAAAAGGCCCUUGAAGAACAAAUUGCGAAAUUUGAGGCGGAAGGAGAAGAGCGGACAAAGAGGAUCGAUGAAUGCGAGGCCGAACUAUCGCAAUUAACUGCAGAGCUCUCACGCGAGCGAUCAAAGUCAGAGGACUUGACAGGUGAACUGGACAAAGAGCGAUCUAAGUUCGAUUCCUUGCACUCUCAAAUGACUGCCGGCGAGAGUGGCUCAGACGCGCUGCGUGAACAGAUCGCCGAAGAGGAACGGAAACAGGCGGAGCUGUCACGGCAACUGGCUGAAGCUGAGAGUCAAGCUCGAGACUUGAAAGACCAGGCCGCGGAAUGGGAGAGAAAGGCAGGAAUCACGUCGGAAACCGAGGAGCAGGCGGUGGCACAGCUCGAAGCUCGGGGUAUCAAGUCCCUCGAGCUUUCAAACCAACUCUUUACACAGGUUGAGAAGCUUGGUCGGAUGCUGGAGCAGUUGGGCUUCACCAUCAUUCAGCAAGACGGUCAGCUCCUUGUCCAGCGUGCUUCAAAGCUCAGCGCUUCGCUGGGUCUGGGCGAAAGCCUCGCCCAGUCAGCUAUUGUAUCCCUAAAGCCGGAUACAACGCUUCUGAGCUGGAUGCAAGCCGAAAGCCUGGAGGAUGAAGAUACCAAAUUCUCGGCUUUCAUGGAAAGUCUAGCUCAGUUCGACGUGUCCCUAUUUGGCGAUGUUGUUGUCAAACGCGUCAAGGACAUCGAAAUCCUCGCCCGCAAAUGGCAAAAGGAAGCCCGAGGCUAUCGUGAAAAAUACCACCGAGUUCAAAGCGAGGCUCAUGAAAAAAUUGCCUACAAAUCCUUCAAAGAAGGCGAUCUUGCUCUCUUCCUCCCCACGCGGAACCAGGCCAUUCGCUCCUGGGCCGCCUUCAACGUGGGCGCGCCACACUAUUUCCUCCGCGAGCAGGAUUCACACAAACUUCAAACUCGGGACUGGCUUCUCGCCCGCAUUACCAGGAUCGAAGAACGAGUGGUAGACCUUUCCAAGUCGAUGAACGGCGCUGCAUCAGACCGUCGCUCCAUCGGGGCCAUCAGCGAUGGUGCCUCUCUAGAGGAUGAGAAUCCAUUCGAGCUUUCAGACGGCCUCCGUUGGUACCUCCUCGAUGCCGUAGAAGAGAAGCCCGGUGCGCCUGCCACACCGGGCAUAGCAAAGAGCACAGUCGCAUCGGCGCACGUCGAUGCCAAGGGUAGUAUCCGCCUCAAACGUGGUACGGACGAGGGCGCCAUUGCCAAGACCCUGUCUAGGAGUCUUGACAGCCGCCGCGAGAGCGCAAAUUCCAAGCGUGGCACCCCGACGCCGUCGCAGCAUGCUGUCGAAUCAACGACUGAUCUUGUGCGCCCGGCCGAAGCUGAUGCCGGCUCGCAGUCUCGGGAGACUGCUCCGAUAUUCGACGAGGUUCGCCGUGACCUGCUCUCCGGCCCGUGA